CGCGCCCCUGUUCCCGCGCGCGCGCCGCGGAGCUCUCGCGAGAGCCGCGUGCUGCAGACGGGAAGGACAAGAUGGCGGCGACAACGACGAUGGCGCUGGGCACGGAGUCCAUUAAGAUGGAGAACGGGCAAAGCACGGCAGCAAAGCUGGGGCUGCCCCCUCUCACCCCAGAGCAGCAGGAAGCUCUCCAGAAAGCCAAGAAGUAUGCCAUGGAGCAGAGCAUCAAGAGCGUGCUGGUGAAGCAAACCAUCGCCCACCAGCAGCAGCAGCUCACCAACCUCCAGAUGGCAGCAGUGACAAUGGGCUUUGGAGAUCCUCUCUCACCUUUACAAUCGAUGGCGGCCCAGAGGCAGCGCGCUCUCGCCAUCAUGUGCCGGGUCUACGUGGGCUCCAUCUACUACGAGCUGGGCGAGGACACCAUCCGGCAGGCGUUCGCCCCCUUCGGGCCCAUCAAGAGCAUCGACAUGUCCUGGGACUCGGUCACCAUGAAGCACAAGGGCUUUGCCUUCGUGGAGUACGAGGUGCCUGAGGCUGCCCAGCUGGCCCUGGAGCAGAUGAACUCUGUCAUGCUGGGGGGCAGGAACAUCAAGGUGGGCAGGCCCAGCAACAUCGGGCAGGCUCAGCCCAUCAUUGACCAGCUGGCCGAGGAGGCUCGGGCCUUCAACCGCAUCUACGUGGCCUCGGUGCACCAGGACCUGUCGGACGAUGACAUCAAGAGCGUGUUCGAGGCUUUCGGAAAGAUCAAAUCGUGCACGCUGGCCCGGGACCCCACCACGGGCAAGCACAAGGGCUACGGGUUCAUCGAGUACGAGAAGGCGCAGUCCUCGCAGGACGCCGUGUCCUCCAUGAACCUCUUUGACCUGGGGGGGCAGUACCUGCGCGUGGGCAAGGCCGUGACGCCCCCCAUGCCCCUGCUGACCCCCGCCACGCCCGGGGGGCUCCCGCCCGCCGCUGCCGUGGCUGCUGCCGCCGCCACCGCCAAGAUCACCGCGCAGGAGGCCGUGGCAGGAGCUGCAGUGCUGGGCACGCUGGCCACACCUGGGCUGGUGUCCCCUGCCCUGACACUGGCCCAGCCCCUGGGGGCCCUGCCCCAGGCUGUGAUGGCUGCACAGGCGCCAGGGGUCAUCACAGGAGUGACCCCCGCCCGGCCGCCCAUCCCGGUGACCAUCCCCCAGGUGGGGGUGGUGAACCCCAUCCUGGCCAGCCCCCCGGCGCUGGGGCUGGUGGAGGUGAAGAAGGACAAGGAGGAGGAGGAGGUGCUGCAGGAGGCCGAGCGGCCCGAGAUGCUGAGCGAGCAGGAGCACAUGAGCAUCUCGGGCAGCAGCGCGCGCCACAUGGUCAUGCAGAAGCUGCUGCGCAAGCAGGAGUCCACGGUGAUGGUGCUGCGGAACAUGGUGGACCCCAAGGACAUCGACGACGACCUGGAGGGCGAGGUGACGGAGGAGUGCGGCAAGUUCGGGGCGGUGAACAGGGUGAUCAUCUACCAGGAGAAGCAGGGCGAGGAGGAGGACGCCGACAUCAUCGUCAAGAUCUUCGUGGAGUUCUCGCUGGCGGCCGAGACGCACAAAGCCAUCCAGGCGCUCAACGGCCGCUGGUUCGCCGGCAGGAAGGUGGUGGCCGAGGUCUACGACCAGGAGAGGUUCGACAACAGCGACCUGUCGGCGUGAGCUGAGCCUAGAGCUGGGCCUGGGGCCAGACUGAGCCCAGGGGUGAGCCUGGAGCUGGGCUUGGGGCUGGCAGCGGCCCAAAACUGAGCCUAGAGCUGAGCUUGGGGCUGGGGAAUGGCCCCAAACUGAGCUGAGUGAUCUUGGGGAUGGGUUUGGGGCUAGGGAGCAGCCCCAAGCUGAGCCCAGGGAUCUUGGGAUGGGAACGGCCCAAAACUGAGCCCAGAGCUGGGCUUGGAUCUGGAGAAUGGGCCCAAAUCUGAUCCCAGGGUUUGGCUGGACUUGGCUUCUGGGAAUUGGUCCAAAUCUGAUCCCAGGGCCUGGUUGAGCUCAGAUCUGAGAAAUGGGCCCAGCUCUGAUCCCACACCUUGUCCAAGCUC